AUGACCACAGUAAUACUUGAUGGCCUCGCUAUCCCAUGGCUUCGGCCUUUUCUGACCGUGGGUGAACAUUCUCCAGCCCAGCAUCGACUAACCCAGAAGGUGCUGCUGGCAGGCAACUUCUGCUACUUUGCUAGGAUCUCCCAAAUUCGGUCUGUCCAGUGCGACUCUCGCUCGCAGCCUGGCUUAUGCGGCCGAGUCUUUGACCAGACACAGAAGCUUUUGGAGUCUUAG